GGUCGGGCCGGGCUGGGAGCGGCGUCGCCAUUUUGGCUCCUCGGCAGCGGCGGCGGCGGCGCCGCGCGGGCAGGUCCGGGCGGCUCGUUAUCCCUUGGACGCUUCCGAGUUCGUCACAGAACCCUCCAGUGACCUUCUCAGUCGGUCCCAGUACAUCACCGGUUCAUUCAGAUCUUUUCCAGUUAAACCCAGACCUUUCCGGUGACCCCCCAGCUGCCCCACUUUUCCCUCCCCAGUCCCUCCCAGUCUGAGCAGUCCCCGCCCCCGCAGUGUCGGUGCCAUGGAGUACGAGCGCAGGGGCGGCCGCGGGGACCGCACGGGGCGUUACGGGGGGGCCCCGGCGCCCCCCGAGGACGGGUCCCGCACCCAGCGGGACCACGACUAUCGCGACAUGGACUAUCGGGGCUACGGGGGACCCCCGGACGGGCCCCCCGCGCCCGGGACCCCCCCGCAGGCAUCCUACGAGGCUGCGGAGCCCCCCCGGAAACGGGACCCUCCCCGGGACCCCCCCGUGGCUGCCGCGCUGCCGUUCGGCGCCGACAGCGACUACCGGGACCAGGAUUACCGGGAGGGCCCCGAGGAGGAGCCGCGCACCAGCACCAUCGUCAUGCUCAGGAUGCUGCCCCAGGCGGCCACUGAGAACGACAUCCGGGCGCAGCUCCAGGCCCAGGGGGUGCAGCCCCGCGAGGUGCGGCUGAUGCGCAACAAAUCCUCAGGUCAGAGCCGCGGCUUCGCCUUCGUCGAGUUCCACCACGUGCAGGAGGCGGCGAGAUGGAUGGAGGCCAACCAGGCCGGGCUGACCCUGCUGGGGCACCGCGUGUCCCUGCACUACAGCGACCCCAAACCCAAGAUCAACGAGGACUGGCUCUGUGCCAAGUGUGGGGUGCAGAACUUCAAACGGCGUGAGAAAUGCUUCAAGUGCGGAGUCCCCAAAGCUGAGGCAGAGCAGCGGGGCCCGGGGGGGCCACGGCCGGAGCUGGUGCCGGGAGGGGGGGGGCUGCUGCCCCUCCCCCAGGCCUAUGGCCCCACACUGGGGGGGCCCCCUGGGGGAUCCCAGGGGAGCACCGAGCCCGGAGCCGAUAACGCCAAUGACACCAUCAUCCUGCGGAACCUGCACCCCCAGAGCAGCCUGGAGUCCAUCCUGGCCGCCCUCGCCCCCUUCGCCGCCCUCUCGGCCGCCAACGUGAGGGUCAUCAAGGACCGGCAGACGCAGCUCAACCGCGGCUUCGCCUUCGUGCAGCUCAGCACCAUCGUGGAGGCGGCGCAGCUGCUGCAGAUGCUGCAGGCCCUGCACCCCCCGCUGCACAUCGACGGCAAGAGCAUCAACGUGGAGUUUGCCAAGGGCUCCAAGCGGGAAGUGCAGGGGGCAGGGCCAGGGGAGGGCCCGCCCCGUGCCAGCGCCGCCUCCGUCGCCUCCACGGCCAUCGCCGCCGCCCAGUGGGCGCUGUCACAGGCAGCCCCGGGAAGCGACUCUGCGUGGUCAGGGGGGGAGGAGCCGAACAGCGACUUCAGCGGCUUCUACCAAUCAGAGGAGCCCUUUGCCGGCCCCACCCCCACGCUCUACAGCUCUGCCUACCUGAAGGGCAGCUCGGCCCCGCCCCCCGGCCCUGCCCUGACAGGCCCCGCCCCACCAAGGCCGAUGGCCCCGCCCCAGGUCCCGAGGAGCCAGCGCAGGACCCGGCGGGGGCAGGGGGGGGUCCCUUCUCCCGCGCCCCCCCUGGGGCUCCCCCCUACCCCUCCCCUGCCACUGAGACCCCCUCAGCGACACCCCCGGGAGCCCCUGGACAGGCCUACGGGGCCCCUCAAGGCUGAGACCCCAAACACGGCCCCCACUGGACCCCCUGCGGCCGCUCCCCCCAGCACCGAGCCCUAUGGCCAGUACCCCGUGCCCGACGUCUCCACCUACCAGUACGACGAGACCUCGGGGUACUACUACGACCCCCUGACCGGCCUCUACUACGACCCCCACUCUCAGUACUACUACGAUGCUGGGGCGGGGCAGUACCUGUACUGGGACGGGGACCGACCGCACCUACGUGGCCGCACCCCCUGCCGAGCCCACCCUCGGCCCCUCGGCCCCCGGGCCCCCAAAGAGCCCAAGGACAAGAAGGAGAAGCACAAGACCAAGACAGCCCAGCAGAUCGCCAAGGACAUGGAGACGCUGGGCGCGGGAGCCUCAACAAGCAGCGAGAGCGGGCGCAGCGUGGGCCCCCGGCCUCCCGCGAGGACGAGGCGCAGGGAGGCGGCCGCGGCCGACGCCGGCUACGCCAUCCUGGAGAAAAAGGGAGCUCUGGCUGAGCGGCAGCACCUGCCCCUGGAGCUGCCCCGGCUGGCGAGCGACGAGCGGCUGAGCCCCCCCCGCGGGUUGGUGGCCGCCUACAGCGGGGAGAGCGAGAGUGAGGAGGAGGGGGAGCGGGGAGGGGGCCCGGGACCCCCCGAGGAGCCGCUGACGGACUGGGCCAAGCUGGCGUGUUUGCUGUGCCGGAGGCAGUUCCCCAGCAGGGAGGCUCUGCUGAGGCACCAGCAGCUCUCAGGGCUGCACAAGCAAAACCUGGAGCUGCAGCGCCGGAGCCACCUGCCCCCCCCCGAGGGGCCGGAGCGGGGGGACAUGGAGAUGAAGUACCGGGACCGCGCUGCCGAGCGCCGGGAGAAGCAGGGGGGCCCCGACCCCCCCGAACCCAAGCGGCGCAAAUUCGGGGGACCCCCCCAGACCCCUGGGGACACGGAGGGGCCCCCCCGUGAGGCCCCCCUGGGCUGUCGGAUGCUGCAGGCCAUGGGCUGGAAGGAGGGCAGUGGGCUGGGCCGGAGGAGGCCGGAGGCCCCUGCCCGGUCCCGCCCCGGGGGGGUGACACGGUUCAGCGAAGGCCCCUGAGCCCCCCGGCCACACCCACAGGACACGCCCUCCCGUGGACACACUCACCUGGGACACGCCCUGCCAGGGGCCACAAUGUCUGGGUUCCCCCCAAAGUGGGGGUUCCUUGACCCCCUCCUCCAGUGUCACCCUGGUUGGGGACACCUAGAGUGGCCCUUCCCCCCCGGUAGAAGUGGCCCCACCCCUUCCCCCUUUCAGUUUUGGUGGUGGAUUUUUUCUAAUAAAUGGGUGAAAAAAGCGGAAA